AUCGGGGCUACUUAGUCACACUGUUCCUUCGUGUGCUCGGAAGAGUUACAAUAAAUCCAAGUUUCUAAAGUUUUAACUGAAAAUAGUUCAAAACCCGUUCUUUAUUUGCUAAAUUCACAGCAGUUUUAAGUUUAGACAAAGUUCCGUGCACGCAUACACACAACUGAGAAGCUUCCGGCACGAUGGCGAUGUCCCUCAGUAUUGGCUCGAUGAAGCUGAACAAAUGGCAGGUGGCUCUACUCCUCGGCGCUCCCCUGGCCAUUGGGUUGGGCACAUAUGCGGUUAAGCGCUGGACCGCUGCGCCCGACGGAAGGGCCAAGGAUGUGGACGUGGAAGAGAAAAAGCGCGCCAAGGGCAAAAUCGAGCAGCAGGGCAUCUCCCUCGACGGGACAGCUCCGGACAAGGAGCUGGAACGAAAGAAAAAGUCCGCCGAGCUCGGAGAGGAGCUGUCGCCGCUGAAGGAAGCCACCAACUACAAGAACGAGGGCAACAUCUGUUACCGGAACGGCAAAUAUGACGAGGCCAUCAACUUUUACGACAAGGCAAUCGACAAAUGUCCCAAGGAGCACCGUACCGACAUGGCCAUAUUCUACCAGAACCGUGCCGCCUCCUAUGAAAUGCUCAAGAAGUGGUCCAAGGUGAAGGAGGACUGCACCGCUUCCCUAGAGUUUAAUCCGCGCUAUGCCAAGGCCUACUAUCGUCGUGCCCGUGCCUACGAGGCCACUAAAGACAUGAUGGAGUGCCUGGACGAUGUCACCGCCACCUGCAUUCUCGAGAUGUUCCAGAACAACCAGACCAUCAUGUUCGCGGACCGCGUCCUUAAGGAGACUGGCCGUGUGGAUGCCGAGAAGGGAAUGCUCACCAGGAUACCCGUUGUGCCCUCGACCUCUUUCGUCAAUACCUAUAUGCGCUCCUUUAUUGCGGAUCCGCUGCAGACCAUGGAACUCCCGCCAGCCCAGGACACAGAACUGGCACCGGCCAAGGGAUUCCUGAGAGCAAGACAAGCUUACCUAAAGGAGAAGUACGACGACAUCAUACCCGCCUGCACCGAGGAGAUCGAGUCGUCGGAAGCGGAAGCACAGUACAAGGUCGAGGCGCUGCUCAUGCGCGGUACCUUCCACCUUCUGUGCGGAUCAUACACAGAGAGCGAGCAGGACUUCAAUGCCAUCCUUCAAAAUGCCGAUGCUGAUCCCACAUUGCGAGCCUACGCCUACCUUAAGCGAGCCGCUCUCUAUAUUCAGCUGGACCAGCGCGAGAAGGGUCUGGCCGACUUUGAAGAGGCGGAGAAGCUGAAGCCGGAAAACCCAGAUGUGUAUCAUCAGCGUGCCCAAAUUCUGCUGCUGCUGGAGCAGAUCGAGCCCGCGUUGGUUGAAUUCGACAAGGCUGUGCGCCUUGCGCCUAAUCACCCCAUUGCCUUCGUCCAGAAGUGCUACGCCGAGUACCGUUUGUCCCUGCUGGCCGGAGACCAAAGGCGUUUGGAAGGCGUGAUGCGCAGCUUUGAACAGGCAAUUGAGCGUUUCCCCAGCUGCGUCGAAUGUUACAGCCUGAUGGCCCAGGUGCUGUCUGACCAGCAGCAGUUCAAUCAGGCACAGGAAUACUACGAGAAGGCCAUUCGACUGGCGCCAACAAAUCCGACGUUGAUCGUGCAUCAGGCCAUCAUGGUGCUGCAGUGGCGCGGCGACGUCGAGACAGCCGUUAAACUGCUUAAUAAGGCCAUCGAGGUGGAUCCAAAGUGUGAGCUGGCUUACGAGACCCUAGGAACUGUGGAGGUGCAGCGGGCGCAGCUUAAAAACGCCGUCGAUCUCUUUGAGAAGGCCCUGCUGUACGCCAAGAGCCAGGCGGAGUUAAUACAUGUCUACUCUCUGCGGAAUGCGGCGAUGGCCCAGAUUAAUGUCACCAAGAAGCUCGGUAUCGACAUGAACACAGUUUCGGCUAUGGCUCAGACAGGAAUGAUGCCGCAAGAAAUCGUGUAGAGUGGAGCAGCGAGUAGGGAGCGGAGCAUUUAGCCACAGACGCACCACCAGGAGCAAGCCUACUCCAACUAAGUUAAUAUCGACCAUCAUUUACCUGUUAUUUAUAUAUAUAUAUAAAGCUUGUUUACGUUUAUGCUGCUCUAGCUAUAGCUAUAUAUAGCAUAUAGAAAUCGUCAUGUAUUAUGGUA